UUCCUAUGAAGGAUUUUAACAACGAGGUGCGAGCUUCCUUGGACAUCCGCAACUUUCUUCGGGACGCAACGGUGCUACUUGACGUUCAAGAGACAACGUUGGAAGACGUUGUGGAUCUCGUCUUGAAAAAGGUUCUGGAAUCUAGCGAACCAGGAACGAGUGUGAGUGAAACCAAGAAAUCGCUGUUCGUAGCCGAACAAGUUGCCAUGCCAACGAGGACUAUCCAGGGCGUUUGGAGCUACGAGAAUGGUAACUUCGAGUACGACCAGAGCUGGAUGUGCGUCUUGUGCUCCGUGCCGACGCUCCAAAAGAAGCGCGUGGCCAUGGCACGCCUUAAACACGCCGCCAACAUGGGUCGCACCUGCGGUGACGUGCGGUUCCUGGUCGUCGCCCUGUCUCCUAGCAGGGAGAAAAGCACCAAGAGUGCGUUGGAGACGGCUCGCACGUUUGCCACGCUGUUCGCCGACUCGGCGUUGCGUCAUCGACUCUGGCAGGCUCGCACGCCAGCGCGCUUUGUCGAAGAGCUGUCGGAGCAUGCGGACCGCCUCACCGUCGAUCAAAGGACCGCCCUGGCGCUCAACGUUCACCCGCCGGAAGCUAAGCAAGAGAGUCACAAACGCAAGUACAUCAUAGCCAGAGGCUUGUGUGACGACGUUCGACGCCGGCUGUCCUACUACAUAAGUGAUUACGUAGACGGUAUAGUUGGUCCGCGCACGCUGUACAAAACGAUAUGCACCACGUUCUUCCUCUACUUCGGCUGCCUCCUGCCGACCAUAGCAUUUGGGGCACUGAACGACACAAACACGCACGGGAAAAUUGACGUCAAAAAGUGCAUGCUCAGCCAGACCAUUGGAGGACUGGGCUUCGCGCUCUUCAGUGGCCAGCCACUCGUUAUUCUGAUGACAACAGCGCCACUGAGCCUCUACAUAAAAGUCAUCUACGACAUAAGUGAGGACUAUGGUUUCGACUUCACCGCCAUGUACGCCUGCGUCGGUGUCUGGAACAGCUUCUUUCUGUUCGUCUACGUCAUCUUUGACGCAAGCAAGAUCAUGAAAUGGUGCACCAGGUCCACCGAGGAAAUCUUCUCCCUCUUCAUCACGAUAGCGUUCUGCGUUGACGCUGGUCGUGACGUGUACAAGAACUUUUUGCAUAACUACCUCGCGCCAGUCUGUGUCGACACUGUCUCGGCUACCGGCGGGCACGUUUAUCCCAUCGCGGCCGUUAAUAACUCCAGCAGCUACGACGCGGUUCUCGUGGAGGCCUCAAGCUGCCAGCGGGACACGAGCCUCCUCUUCCUCAUGCUCACACUGGGCACUUGCAUGUUGGGUGUGACGCUGUACAACUUCAACAAGACCCCUUACCUGCACUCGUACUUGCGCAACCUGCUGUCUGACUACGCACUGCCCGUGGCUGUGGUUGUGUUCAGCUUCGUCGGCUCCUUCAUGUUCAGGGACGUCAAGACCGAACAGUUCCGCAUCUCCGAAGGCUACGGCUUGGAACGUGCUCCGUUCGAGUCUCUUUCGGUGGCCGGGAUCUUCGGAGCCAUGGGCCUGGGCUUCGCGCUGUCCCUGUUGUUCUUCAUGGACCAAAACAUCUCCGCCGCGAUGGUGAACAACCCGAGCAACAAGCUGCGCAAGGGUAGCGCCUACCACCUGGACCUGCUGGUGGUCGCUUUACUCAACGCGGGCCUCUCGGUCUUCGGGCUGCCCUGGAUGCACGGCGUGCUGCCGCACUCGCCGCUGCACGCGCGCUGUCUGGCCGACCUCGAGGAGCGCGUCGACCAGGGCCACGUGCACGAGGUCGUCGUGCGGUCUCGCGAGACUCGUCUUACCGGCAUCCUGUCGAGCCUGUUCAUCGGACUGUCGCUGCUGUUGCUCCCGUACCCACUGUCCUACAUUCCCACCGCUGUCCUGGACGGGUUGUUCCUGUACAUGGCUGUGACGUCGCUUAUAGGUAACCAAAUGUUCGAGCGUGUCACGCUAUUUUUCACGGAACAGGCGGCAUACCCUCCCAACCAUUACAUUCGACGCUGCCCACAGAGAAAAAUACACUGCUUUACCGUCUGCCAGGCUGUGCAACUUGCAGUGCUAUGCUUCUUUGGAUUUGCACCCUGGCCCUACGUCCAGAUGGUCUUUCCUGUCAUCAUACUGCUGCUCUUGCCGAUAAGGCAUAACAUCAUCACGCUCUUCAUCGAUCGUAGGUAUCUGGCAGCGUUGGACGGCAAACACUAAUAUACUCUUACCUAACACAUUCUGCCGCUGUCAAGGCAACGUGCCGACGUCAGGCUGUCUGUUACCGUAAAUCCUGUGAGCAGGAGGCCUCGAACACUCGUGUGUGGGGCCUCUUGUGAUAACCUCGUCGUGAAGAUCGUCGAUGGUCUAGACUACGCUGCAGCUAAAACAACCAGCGGUGGGCCGAGUGAUUGCCGGACGUAAAGUGACACAGCAAGAUGAGCGGUGGCGAGCCACAGCUGUAAGCGAGUUGCUAUUAAAGCGUGUGCGAGUGUACUUAAAAGAAUAUUCCUGCAGAUAAUACGCUGUGACGUGAGCGUAUGGACCAGAUCAUGUAUAUACCAACCCUUUGUCUUCAGCUUAUGCAAACAUCUAGGCGCAAAGGGAGUGAAGAGAAGGAAUACUGUAGACAAGACGUGUGCCAGGACGGUGUUCCUGUUGCCGUCUCCUUUACGUCUAAAUGUUGGCAUUUGCAGGUAUGACCAACUAGCACAUGACAUGCAGUUGUAUUAGCACUACGGUGGUAAUUAAACACGUUUCUGCACCUUUCCAGCUCUGACUGUCCAAAUUUCAUUAACUCGUCAAUUUUUAGGUCGUUAUCCUUCAGCCAUGUACAUCAGUCACUGGCUCCUUCAGUUUCAGUUUCAGCUUUAUUGA